UUGUAAAGUCAAAACUGAUGUCGGAAAGUCGGAACAGAGUGUUAAUUUAUAAACGUCUGAAGUGCCAUCCGUCAAGGAUUGCCUGUAUAUAUAUCGCUAUUAAUUUGACAGACCCUAUGUUCAGAGGGAUUUACAGAGGUACACAGAAACAUCAAGAUGACUUUUUGGACAUAAUAGAGAGAGCACUCAAAACUGGUGUUAAAAAGUUUAUGAUUACAGGUGGAAGUCUACAAGACAGUAAAGAUGCAUUACAGCUGGCACAGACAAAUGAGAUGUUUUACAGUACGGUUGGCUGUCAUCCCACUCGCUGUGGAGAAUUUGAGAAGAGUGACCCUGACCAAUAUUUAGCUGAAUUACAAAAUCUGGUUGAAAAAAAUAAGGGGAAGGUCAUAGCAGUUGGGGAAUGUGGCCUAGAUUUUGAUAGAUUAGAAUUUUGCCCUAAGGACACCCAGCUCAAAUACUUUGAAAAACAAUUUGACCUGUCAGAACAAACAAAAUUACCAGUGUUUCUCCAUUGUAGAAAUUCACAUACUGAAUUUUUAGACAUAAUGAGAAGAAACAGAGAUAGGUGUGUGGGAGGAGUGGUACAUUCAUUUGAUGGCACAAAGGAAGAAGCAGCUGCUAUAAUUGAUUUGGAUCUCUAUAUUGGUAUAAAUGGUUGUUCAUUGAAAACAGAAGCCAACUUAGAAACGCUGAAAUCAAUUCCUAGUGAAAGAUUAAUGAUCGAGACAGAUGCCCCAUGGUGUGGAAUAAAAAAUACUCAUGCUGGAUCAAAGUUUAUAAAAACUACAUUUCCCACAAAAAAGAAGUGGGAAAUAGGACACUGCUUGAAGGACAGAAAUGAACCCUGCCAUAUAAUUCAAGUACUGGAGAUAAUGGCAACAGUAAGAGAAGAAGACCCACUUGAAUUGGCAAACACCUUAUACAACAAUGCUAUUAAAGUCUUCUUUUCAAGUAUGUAAAGCUAGUUUUAUCUUACAUGCAUUUUGCAUACUUUGUCAAGUCAAAAGAAAAUUGUUGUGAGGUUUCAGUAGUCAAGUCUACAAGAUCUUAAGCAUGUCAUCCAGGGGAAUAGUAUUUAGCACUUAUUUUUU